UGGGAAAAGAUAGUAAUUCGGCUUUAUAGGAAAAAACCCUCCUCGCUGUCUAUACUCUCUCCACUCUAUCCCUUAGUUAAUCUCGCACCAGUUACCGCUCACUACCCUCACCGAUCGAGCUACCACAGUCACCGUGUCUCAUUCUGCUGGUUAUUACCGCCGGCGUCAGCCAUCACCGUUAAAAGAAAAUAGGAUGCAUCAGUGAUUCUAGGUCCUAGCGGGUAUUGUGAUUCGUAGGCUGUUUUUAUUGUUGCUGCUUCGCUGGGCACGCUCGUGGCUCUGUUUUCAAGAUAUCUCACAGAUAGAGGAUGCCACAUAGAACAAGGCCUAUGGCAGCUCUCUUGCUCUUUACUGGACUCAAUGUCAUCUUGGUGUCAACUAUUACUCCAGUCUAUGAUUUUGUGUGCUUCCUUCCCUACUGGGAACGAAGGAGAGAACACCGCCGACAGAAACGUGAAGCUGCAUUGACAAGGGAUUCUGCAUGAACGAAGAAAGGUCUCUGAGAUCAGAGAUGAUUGAUUUUAAAUUGAUGUGAACAAUUUAUAAUGUAGUUUUUUACAAGAAGACAAGAUGAGCCAGUAAAUGUCAUCUAUAUAUGAACCCUCUUCGUCAUAGACUCUUAAUUUUUAUAGAAGACUUGGAACUCUUUCUGAUACGGAUCAACCAUCACUCCGGGAGCAUGGAAGAUAUUGGGUCUUCCUAGUGGACCUAUCACAAAGAGCCAUGCAAAGAAAUUUGGGGCAGUCAUGUCCUUAUUUAUUCAAGAACAAGUUACAUAAGAGUUUAAUAAAUUUGCUUUCAACGAGUGCUAUGUGGAGUUUAAAGACACAUCUAAACUACUCUCAAGAUACUGCUGCGUAGAGAUACUUGGAGUUUCGACCUCACUAAUGUGAGUUUGCCUACAUUGUAUUACGCAUAUGUAACUUAUGCUAUGAGAUCAUUGGGCAUUUGUUGGCUUGUUUGUUAUUACACAUAAUUUUUCUUUUA